CGGCGGGUCCGGGUUCGGGUUCGGGAUCGGGAUCGGGAUCAGGAGGGGGUCCUCGCCCCCUUGGACGGGGAGCCGGAGACGGAUUAUUCUCUGCGGGGCAACACCAACAAUUUCCAUUCAACCUGUGGUGAGAGGUUUAUUGGAAGAAAAACCCCAAAUGGAAGCAAACCAUGGCUAAAGAUGUGGGAACAGCAACAAGUGAACUGGCCCGAGGACUGAGAGCAUCAACUGGAGAGAACAACACUGAAUCAGCUGACUUGGAGUUCCCAGUGAGUCAGUGAGGAGGAAGUUUGUUAGACCUGCGGUGAGAGGUUUCUUGGAAGAAAAACCCCAACUAGAAGCAAACCACGGCUAAGACAAGGGAACAGCAACAAGUGAACCAGCCCGAGGACUGAGAGCACCGACUGGAGAGGACCCAUCUGACUCAGGGUUUCCAUUGAUUCAGUCAGGAGAAAGUCUGUUAGAUCUCCGGUGAGAGGGUUAUUGGAAGAAAUGCCCACAACUGGAAGUGAACCAGAACUGAAAACGAGGCAACAGCAACAAGUGAACCAGCCCGAGGACGGAGAUCAUCAAUUCGACAGAACCCUUCUGACUCAGAGUUUCCAUUGAAAGUCAGGAGAAAGUUUGGUCAUUGCCAGCAGGUGAGGCUUUCUUCCACCCGGACGUCAGACAAGCAAACGACAAUCAACCAAAGUCAGUCAGAGUUAGAAUGGACACAGGGUUGCUACAUUGACCCCACUCCCGCCUCCUCCCGCUGACAGACCCGUCCUGAGCCGGUGAGAGUUCGUGUGACCCGGACUGCGGCCGUCCCGCUCCACUCCGGCUCACCCGGCCCUGUCCAUCUGUAAUGAGUGACCACUCCCGCCUCCUCCCGCUGUCAGACGCGUCCUGAGCCGGUGAGAGUUAGUGUGACCCGGACUGCGGCAGUCCCGCUCUACCCCGGCUCACCCGGUCCUGUCCAUCUGUAAUGAGCGAUGGACACAUCACAGCCGAGUGGCCUCGGGAGCAGCAGCUCAGACUCAACUCUCCGUACAGGGUGAGCACGCCGGUGCAGGACCAGUGUCGGUCAGCGGGGAAGUCAGACUGUGAUUCCCGGGACCACACUGAACGCCGUCCGGUUACAACAUCAGAGAUCUGCCUUGUUUCCGAGGCUCCGCCCCCAGCUCUGAUGAUAUAGAUUACAGUCCAGACUUCCCUUCAGUUCUGUGUUGAAGCGGGUCGGCGGCGGCGGCGGGUCGUUUGUAGGAUCCGGAUUAGGAGACGACCAUCACCCCCAGAGUCGGGAAUCCGGGGGAGGGUUCACUGUCCGGGCGUGAAAACAAGUUCUCAUCGGGAGCAACGCAACUGACAUGGGUGGCAUACUUUCAUGCUGCGGAGCUCUGCUGGAACGCUGCUGCAAGGACAGAGUAGCUGAUCGUGCCACAGAAUCGAGUGACAGUGAACGAAGAGAUUGUAUCGAACGUACUCAAUAUAAUGGAGAUCCAGAGGCAGAACCCAUUUUACAUGAAGAGGCUGCUUUCAGCACAGAUGUUUUGGAAUCGUCUGAAAGCUUUGGAAAUAGAGCAGGUCCGAGUUCAGUGAUCACCGAGCUCUUGGCAAGCUGGAACGAUUUCCAGCUGCUGCAGCUGACGAACUUCUACGGGGACAGGCUGGAGCAGGCGAUGGAAGGAGGGGUGCACGAAGUGAGCCAGGCGUUAACGGUCGAGAAUCAGUUCAGCGGAGAGGAACAUCGGAAAAUCACUGAUCUCGCUGAUAAGGGAGAGCGGGCGGACAGUUCUAAACUCCUCCUGAGCCUGGUGAUGGAGAAAGGCUCCCGCGCCCGGAGGGUGAUGUGGGAAACCUUUGUCAAAAUGCGGAAUGCAGUCCCAAAGUUCGACAAAAUACUGAAGGAAAUACAGGGAUAUGGCUGUGAUCCCUCCCAUCGAUCAAACCCCGCUCAAGAUUUACUUAAGGUUCGCAGUGAGCUGAAAGAUGUUCAACAGAAACACAAGGAGACUCUGCGGGCACAAACUGAAACACUGAGAGUGAACACGAUCCUGAUGAGGGAGAAGGUGAAGGUUUUCCAGCUGGUUGAUCGAUACGCUGAGCUCACGGUCAUUUCUACUGUUGGAAAUCGGAGACUGGUGGAACAUGAGCUGCUGGCAAGAGGCAGAGACCAUGAGGACUGCACAGAAAAAUUCCGGUUCGAUCAGUUGUUCCAGAGCAGCUUUUCCAGGAGUAAAUCAAAAUCUGGGAUUUCGGCAGCAGUAGCCGGAGUCGCUGGGAUCGGGAAAACAACAAUGGUACAAAAGAUUGUUUAUGACUGGGCCACAGGGAAAAUAUACAAACAAUUCAAGUUCGUCUUCAGUUUUAAAUUCCGGUAUUUAAACUCUAUCAACUGUCGAAUAAACCUGAGGGAAUUGAUUCUUGAUCAGUAUCCUUACUUCCGGAAUAUCCUGAGGGAGGUCUUGAAGAACCCAGAGGGAUUGCUGUUUAUAUUCGAUGGUUUGGAUGAAUUCAAUGACAUAAUUGGUUUUGCUGACUGUCAGAGAGAUACAGAUCCUCAGCACACAUGCAUAGAUCCUGAAUCCUGGUGUAAGGUGUCUGAUAUUGUGGUCGGUUUAAUCCAGCACAGGCUGCUCCCAGGGUGUUCGGUGCUGGUGACAACACGCCCCACUACGUUACAAUUAUUGAAAAAGUCGGAGAUAAAUCUCUGUGCUGAAAUCCUGGGAUUUGUUGGUGAGGAACAGGAGAAAUAUUUCCACAGGCAUUUUGAAGAUCAGACGGUGGCAGAAGCUGUCUUCAAACACGUGAAGCAGAACGAGAUCCUGUACACCAUGAGCUACAACCCCUCCUACUGCUGGAUCCUCGCUCUGGCACUGGGCCCCUUCUUCACACAAACAGUCAGGGACCCGCAACAAGUUCCCAAGACCAUCACCCAACUGUACUCUUACUAUAUUUACAACAUCCUGAGAAAUCACGGCCGUGAGAUUGAGAACCCCCGUGAUGUGUUACUCAGGGUUGGUCAGAUGGCCUUCAGAGGAGUGUUCGAGAGGAAAAUUGUGUUUACAGAUGGGGAUUUGAUCAACUACAAACUGCAGCCUUCCCAGUUCCUGUCCGGGUUCCUCAUAGAGCUUUUGGAAAGAGAGGAUUAUGACCGGAGCGUGGUGUACACAUUCCCACACCUCACCAUCCAAGAGUUUGUAGCUGCAGUCGCACAAUUCCUGAAUCCACAUCCCGGGGAUAUCUUGAAAUUCCUCACUGAAGCCCACAACACGACAGAUGGGCGGUUUGAGUUAUUUCUCCGUUUUGUUGCUGGUCUCUCCUCCCCAAUGACCGUUGCGGGCCUGGAGGAGUUUCUGGGUCCAUUUCCUCAUCAAACAACCUGCCGGGUUAUUGACUGGGUGAAGGAGGAGGUUAAACGCCAGAGUGGAAACACGAAGAGUGAAGCUGGUAAAAGGAGCCUCCUGAACACAUUGUACAAUCUGCUUGAGUCUCAGAAUCGUGGACUGGCUCAGGCCGCACUGGGAUCUGUGGAAACACUUUCAUUCAGUGGAAUGACACUGACCCCGAUUGACUGCGCGGUCCUGUCUCAGGUCAUCGGACUCUGUGAUACAAUAAAACACCUCGACCUGGGGAACUGCCACAUUCAGUGUGAAGGAAUACAGCGGCUGGGACCCGGGCUGCACAAGUGCCAGGAUUUGAGCCUUGGUCACAAUAAGCUGGGAGAUUCAGGAGUGAAACUGGUGUCUGCGGCUCUGAAGAACCCGGGGUGUGAAAUACAGAAACUACGGUUGAUUGACGUCGGUCUCACAGAUUCUGGUGCCGAGGACCUCGCCUCCGCUCUCAGUACAAACUCAUCACUGACGGUACUGGAUCUGAGUGAUAAUAUACUGGGAGAUUCAGGGGUGAAACUGGUGUCUGCGGCUCUGAGGAAGUCAGAGUGUAAAAUACAGAAACUGUGUUUGUGCCGUGUCUGUCUCACAAGCGCUGGUGUCGACCACCUUGUCUUCGCGUUCAGUACAAACCCAUCACUGACGGGGCUGUACUUAAGUUACAAUUUUCUCACAGACCAAUCUGUGACUGCUCUUCGCCGCCUCAUACAGACCCUCCCGAAUCUGCAGCGGAUCGAGCUGAUUGUGAAUAAGUUCAGUGAGACCGGGAGGAAGGAACUGAGUUCUUUGGAUGAAACCAGACCCGGUCUGAGAGUAUCCGUGUGAACAUUCGCGCCCACGGAAUUGGGACAUUUUUUGCCGAAUUUCCCCGUACUCCCUUUUAAGAGCUGCCUUCCCUAUUUAAUAACCAAUGUUUCCAACGGACCACGCUCCAGCCGAGUGUCCUGUGACGUCACAAGAGGUCUGGCGUAAUUACGUGUCCUGCCCAGCGGCGCUGCUAUCUCCUGGUGACUGGUUUCGGGAGCUCCUCCAAGUGAAGCGCCAGGGACUUACACAGUCUGGGACCUCAGUGUUCCUGGGAUGGAUUAUCCAGGGAGAGAAUCCUUAUGCUCACUUCGGGCUGAAAACGGUACAUUCCACAGUGUAGCCGAUAUAAUGAUGUUAAAUUGACAAAUCCCUCGGCAGUGACCCUGGAUCUGCAGCGAUCUCGGACACCUCCGUGAAGUGUGAUUUUAUACUCAUCGGUCCCCCGACCAGAAUGACGGUGAGAAACGGGACUGAUUAUUCAACCGGUCACUCGUUGUCGCCGGUCAGUCAAUUAUGUGUGACUGACAGGGAGGUUGCAGCCCCUCUUUGAGUAUCUGAUGGGACUACUGCUUAGGUUCUGGCAGCAUCUUAGCUCGGCGCUCCUCAUAUACGGACACCCAGUACACAACGGGGUGGGACCCUAGGAGGAGCUCCUGGUGCGCUUGCUCCUGUGCCUGGCAGUGAUACUCAUUUACCGAUCUCGCAGUCAGAAAAUGGAGGAUUCUACCUGAUCUGCCUGCUUGCCCCUCUUCCGACGAUACGUUCGUGACCGGCUGUCUUUGGACAGGGAGUAUCCGAUCGCAAUAGGUACAUUGGGGGAUCAUCGGGAGCGGUGGCCCGCAGGCAUCUGACUGUUUAAUGGACGGUAGUAAUCAUAUUUUAAUCUGAGUGUACUCCCUGUCUUCUGUAUACGUUGCGCAAAUAAACUUUUAUAGUUUUGUUUAAAAAAAUAAUGAGCAACAUAUAUUCAUGGAGGUCAGACGUUGUUGAAUUUACAUUUGCCACGAUGCAAUCAUUAAACCGAUGUAAAUUCC